AUGGAUAGACACAGGUGUAAGCUCUGUUCUAAGAGUUUCACUAGUGGUAAAGCUUUGGGUGGUCACAAGAGGACUCAUCUUGCCACCUUACCAAUUCCUCCCAAGAAGCUACCACCACCACAACUCGGUGACAGUAGUGAGUCAACUUCAUCUCCAUCUUCUUCUUCUUCAGAAUAUAAAGAAGAAGAUGAGAGAGAAAGUGAAGAAAAAGUGUUGGUUUAUGUGUUAAGAGAAAACCCAAAGAAGAGCUUCAGGGUGGUAGAUCCUGAGUUCUUGGAUGGAUGGGUUAUACAAGACAAAAAAAGUGAGACCGAGUCAAAAAGAAACCCAACUCGGAGGAGAUACAAGUGGACUCAGAGAAUGGGUGUUGCAGAAGCAGAGAAUCAAGAACUGAAGAAGCCAAAGAUAAGAAAACACACUUCAACCGAGUCAAUAACGGAGUUAGAACCAGCGAGUUCAAUUUCUGAAACGUCCCCUGAAGAAGAUGUUGCUUUGUGUCUCAUGAUGCUUUCAAGAGAUGUUUGGAAUUCUGAUGAUUCAGAGACAGAGGAGUUGGAACUGAGUCACAGGACGAGUCAGAGGAAGAUCAAGAACUGCUUUGAAGACCAUGAAGCUGGUGAGACAUCAGAACAACCAGUAAUUAUUAUUGGUUCUAAGAAUGUGGGUAAGAAACUGCAUGAAUGCCCAUUCUGUGGCAAAGUAUUUGGGUCGGGUCAAGCUCUUGGUGGGCACAAAAGAUCACACUUUUUGGGUUCAUCACCAACUGCUUCAAUCUCUGCUAAACUUGGUGAGAGUUUGGCAGAUGCAAAGUCUGCUAAAUUUGGGCAUGGUUUGAUAGAUCUUAACUUGCCACCUUCAAUGGAAGAUGAUGAAGACUUUUGCCAAGCUAGAGGUCUCUACUGUCUCUGAUGCUGAAUUUAUCAAUUCCAUCAAACAUUGAGGAUAUGGCUUAGGCGUAUUACUAAGCUUUCAUUUGGGUUUUACGGGUUUAAGUUGCGAAAACACGCUAUUGGCAUGUGAGCGAAGAUAAUAUACAUUCGUUUCUCCUCAAACCUAUUGUAAGGGGAAUUUCGUGCACUGUAAUUUAUCUAAAUGUGCCACCAUUCUAGACAAGAUUGAAUUGAUAGGUUAGACUUGAGGUUGUUACUUUUUCUUCCAACUAAUUCCUGGCAGUUAUUAAAGAGCUACAAUAGGUUGUUUAGAG